AUGAGGAAGUUCGACACUUUAAGUGAACACAUUAAGAGACUGGACAAUCAAGUAGCGGAAAACGCGACGGCCAUCAAAAGAGAAACAGGACAUCUCCCUGGGAGAACUGACGCAAAUCCGAAACGUCAAGUUAAUGUUGUGUUACUAAGAAGCAGAAAACGCCUCACCCCAAACGCAACAGAAAUUAACCAUGCGAAAAAACCCGGUGAAGUUGAGAAAACUGGUGAAAGUAGAUCACGACCGAUACUUCUCGAUAAUCCUGACCUAGGAUCAGAACCGUCUCAAGAAAAGGAACGGUCCAACACUGAAGAAGCUGAGAGGGUGACGAUCAACCUCGAUGAAGAAGAGGAGGAGUCGGAACAAGAUGUGGAAAUCGAUCGACAAGAAGGGAAUGACAUCGAUCGGCCGACUACGGGAAAUAUCGAUCGACAGAUUGGAAACAAUGUCGAUCGACACUCAACUACUGCCAAACCGGCAGUAGAGAGAGUGUGUAGGACUUUGCCGUCCUUUCCUCCCAGCAAGUCGCAAACUAAGCGAGAAUUGGAUAAGGCGAUUUGCAAGAAAGCAUUUGAUAAAAUCACGCUAGAAAUUCCACUAAGUGAAGCCAUAAAAGUAUCACCCUCAAUAAAGAAAUAUGUGAAGGAUAUAGUAUCCAACAGCUUCCCAGCUGCUGAACACAGCGUCAAGAUGGUUUCAGAGGAAGUAAGUGGUAUAAUCCAAGGUGAAACCCUGGUCAAGAGACCUGAUCCUGAUAGCUUUGUUCUAGAUUGCAACAUACGAAAUAAAAUUUUUCCUCGAUCCCUUUCUGACCUAGGUUCCAGUGUAAAUCUCAUGCCGCAUUCUGUUGCGAUAUCAUUGGGAUACAAUGAGUUUAAACCAACCAAAAUAACAUUGGUUCUUGCCGAUAGAUCCGUUAAGAGUAGACCAUUUCAAGCCACAGCUGGUGCGAUCAUCAACGUCAAGGAAGGUCGGAUAUGUUUAAACAUUGGAAACAUCCCAAUGACUUUCGAUAUGGAAAAACUAAUAAGACGACCUUUAAUCGACAAACAAGCCUUUUAUGUGGAUGAUAUCUUUGACUUGGCUGAAGAAUCUUUCAUAGACCUAUGCUCAGAUGAUCCCCUGAAAAAAGUGCUUACAUUUACUGAAAAGGAGAUAUUCAGCAUCGACAGCAGGGCUGAUGAAUACGCGCGAUUAAUGGACGCAAGUGUAGAGAUAGCAAAUGUCGAUGACGUGGAGGAUGAAGAUUGGGAAAUCAAUGUCGAUUGA